AUGAUGCGGGCUCUGGGCUAUCCUCGCUUGAUAUCAAUGGAGAACUUCAGGACCCCCAACUUUACCCUGGUGGCAGAAAUUCUCAUUUGGCUUGUGAAAAGGUGAGAAAUAGGCGAAGUCUGACAAAUGCAGUAGCUAGUCAUCUGACAAAUGCAUACGAUACAGCACACUACUGCAAUGAUUUUUCUUUUAUCCUACGUUUCUGUUGUUCCAACAGAUAUGAACCGCAAAUGGACAUACCGAGUGACGUGGACACGGAGACAGACAGGAUUUUCUUCAUAAAGGCAGUGGCCCAAUUUAUGGUAAAGAUGCACUGUCAUUUGUUUAAGGCUGCGCCGCAUCUCACCCCCCUGGAUCCGUUUUCCCCAGAGCUAAAGUCCCAUCAGCCUUGGUCUUACUUUGUUAAAUGGGCACCAUUCACCAGAGUAGCCUGUUCUCUGAGCAGCCGAACGAGUCGAGCAGAGACAGUGCGUCAAGUACAUGAGCGGAAGCUUCGGUACCUUUAGCUAUCGGGAAGAGGGGUCCAGAGAAGUCGGAUUCACAGCCACGCCAUUUGUUUAAUUUAUUUGACUGUUUAUCAAUAUUUUGUUUAUUUUGAGACCUCCCAUAUUUGUCUAUUAUUGCAUAUCGUAUUAUUUUGUAGUAACUGUUCUACAAGGCCACUUUAAUUUGAAGUGCUAAUGUCUUCAUAGAAUAAGGGAAUGUGUAGUUUACGAGGCUAACAGGUUUUGGAGGGGGAACUCAAAAUGUGUUUUUCACCUGAUUCCAGGCAACAAAGGCUCACAUCAAGGUGAACACAAAGCGUCUGUACCAGGCUGAUGGCUACGCUGUGAAAGAGAUGUUGAAGAUCACCUCAGUGCUGUACAGUGCCAUGAAGACCAAAGAGAUGGCCUCAGGGGACAAAGUGGAGGAGGACAAUAGCAAAUUCAAGUUUGACUUGGGUUCCAAGGUGAGAAUGACGCUGUCGGUAACAUGUACCUCCAUGUUGUCAACUCCAUGUAGGCCUACCUUCAGAUAUGCUAACUCCAUGUACCUCCAUAUAUGCUAGCUCCAUGUGCCUUCUAUGUAACAAAAUACAUCUACCAAAUGAGAAAAGAUCUGCAAGAAAUUGUCAUUUUUAGGAAGAAAUGGAGUGGAGGUCCAAAAUGGUUUCUAAGGUUCUGCUGAAAGGUUAUGUUUAGCCCAUAGAUAUGACUACGUUAAUAUAAGCAGGGGACCCCUGACAGAGAAAAGGCUGUGUGGGGUUUCCCUGUUGGUGUUACAGGGUUAUUGGUAUUGUAAUAUAUUCAGCCCGACAGACAAGGAGAUACUCCCAGCCCUGUCUGUGCAUACAGUUCAGACCUGUUGGGGGUUCGACCACGAAUGUGACAAAUUGACAAUUUUGCUUAACGUUUAAACAUAUACACUACCGUUCAAAAGUUUGGGGUCACUUAGAAAUGUACUUGUUUUCGAAAGAAAAGCAAAAAAUGUUGUCCAUUAAAAUAACAUCAAAUUGAUGUUGUAAAUGGCUAUUGUAGCUGGAAACGGCUGAUUUUUAAUGGAAUAUCUACAUAGGCGUACAGAGGCCCAUUAUCAGCAACCAUCAGUCCUGUGUUCCAAUGGCACGUUGUGUUUGCUAAUCCAAGUUUAUCAUUUUAAAAGGCUAAUUGAUCACUGUGCCCUUGGCAGAUAACAAAAGAACAGGAUGUACCACUUACUGUGGUCACCCCCAAACGGCCCUUGACCGCAUGACUAAGUUACACAAAGACAGUUUGUAUCAGUAGAAAAAACACUAGCAUAUAACAAUAGACAAUUCUCUAAGUAACAAACAGCAUAGUAUGUCUAAUUUGUAAUUUUCCACCACAGUACCAGUACCGAUUCAAUGUGCGGGGGACAGGUUAGUCGAGGUAAUUUGUACAUGUAGGUAGGGGUAAAGUGACUAUGCAUAGAUAUUAAACAGCGAGUAGUAGCAGUGUAAAAACAAAGGGGGAGGGGGUCAAUGUAAAUAGUCUGGGUGGCCAUUUGAUUAAUUGUUCAGUAGUCUUAUGGCUUGGGGGUAGAAGCUGUUAAGGAGCCUUUUGGACCUAGACUUGGCACUCCGGUACCGCUUGCCAUGCGGUAGCAGAGAGAACAGUCUAUGACUUGAGUGACUGGAGUGACAAUUUUUUGGGCCUUCCUCUGACACCGCCUAAUAUAUAGGUCCUGGAUGGCGGGAAUCUUGGCCCCAGUGAUGUACUGGACUGUACUCACUACACUCUGUAGCGCCUUAUGGUCUGAUGCCGAGCAGUUGCCAUACCAGGCGGUGAUGCAGCCAGUCAAGAUGCUCUCAAUGGUGCAGCUGUAGAACCUUUUGAGGAUCUGGGGACCCAUGACAAAUCUUUUCAGUCUACUGAGGGGGAAAAGGGAUUAUCGUGCCGGGAGAGGUUGUUGUCCUGGCACCACACUGCCAGGUCUCUGACCUCCUCCCUAUAGGCUGUCUCAUCGUUGUUGAUGAUCAGGCCUACCACCCUUGUGUCGUCAGCAAACUUAAUGAUGGUGUUGGAGUCGUGUUUGGCCAUGCAGUUGUGGCAGAUGUGUUAUUGCCUACCCUUACCACCUGGGGACGGCCCGUCAGGAAGUCCAGGAUGCAAUUGCAGAGGGAGGUGUUUAGUCCCAGGGUCCUUAGCUUAGUGAUGAGCUUUGUGGGCACUAUAGUGUUGAACGCUGAGCUGUAGUCCAGGAACAGCAUUCUCACAUAGGUGUUCCUUUUUUCCAGAUGGGAAAGGGCAGUGUGGAGUGCGAUUGAGAUUGCAUGAUCUGUUGGGGCGGUAUGCGAAUUGGAGUGGGUCUAGGGCAGUGGUUCUCAUCUGGUUUUGCUAAUGACAAUUGAGUCGUGACCCAAUAUUAUGGACUGUUGAUGAUUACAUUUUGUAAUGUUGUAUUGCAGCUGCCUUCCUGGGCAGGCUUUACUUGCAAAAUAGACUGUUUCAAUGGGCUACUAUUAUGUUAUUAAAGAAAGUCAUUACACAGCCAUUUAUCAAUUCAAGAGAAUAAGCCAUUUAAUUAGGCGACCAGUUCAGGAGUGGCGUGUAAUAAAUGAUCAGACUCAGAACAUGACAUCAAAACCAGUCCAAUAAUGUUAAUGAACAGUAACACAUACCAGUGUUUUAAAAUAGAAAAAACAACAAUCAUUAGGAAUUCUUGAUAAUUAAUUACCGUGUGAAUAGUUUCACAACCUUGAAAAUAUUUUUUAAAGGUGUAAUCUUUUAUUCAGUUCAAUAAAAUGUAUGAAUGUCAGAAUUAAUUAACAAUAAUAAUUAACAUAGUGAACAAUAAUUCAUUAACCUGUUUAUUUAUUGUGUGUGUGUGGCCUAUCAGUGGGAAAGCUGGGGGUGUUACUUCAGUUUGAUACGUUUAUUGAAGUCUGGGGGGAUGGUUGACAUGGCAACUUGGAGGUCAUGCUGGCUGUCCAGUUUGUUUCUGCUUUUAGUUUUCAGCACGGCCAUAGCAGAGAAGCCACUUUCACACAGAUAGGUAGUGCUGAACAGUAGCAUGAUUCCGAUUGCAUGACAGGUGAGAGCAGGAUACUCUCCCUCUACGCUUCACCAGUACUGAGGCAGUGUCAUUUCCGGGAAGCGCAUGUUCAGUCCGGUAUCAAACGACGGCUCCACCAGCUCCACAGCUCUUCUUCGUUGCUUGGCAACGUGACGCUUCCCAUCUCCACUCGAAAGGGGUCUUUUCCCUGCAGCUUGACAAUAUGCUGUUUAAUGUUUUUUUUUUUUUUUUUUAUGUGUCGCCGUGCGCUUUGUUGAUCAGAUUCUGAAUCUCAAAAUCAGCAUUGGGAAACCUGUCAAUCCUCCUGUUAGAAACAUGAUUUGCCCAAACGGUAAGCGUCAUCUUGAAGGCAUCCUCUUUGUCCCUCUGUUCAAAUUGAUUGUGCCCCCUCCCUUGCAAUGACACAUUGAGCGAAUUCAGAUGAUCAAAAAUAUCCAACCUGCGCAAUCCAUUCCUCACAAUCGAAAUGUUCGGCCAGAGGUGACUUGUUUUUUGAACGAAACACCGCAAUCUCCGCUUGAAGCGCAUAAAAGCAACCCAACACUUUACCCCUGGAAAGCCAGCGGACCUCUGCAUGAUAAAGCACCUGCUGGUGCUCGCUCCCCAUAUCCCUGCAGAAGGCCUGGAAACACCUGCUUUUCGUGGAACUCUUUUUGAUAUAGUUGACACACUUGAUCACAUCCUGUAGAGUGGCGUGGAACUCAGGCACCAUGUCCUUCGUUGCCAAUUCCUCCCUGUGUAGGAAGCAGUGGUUCCACCUCGCACUCUGUGCUCUCUCCAGGAUCCACUUUACUACCCCGGAGUGCUUUCCCGUCAUGGCAGCUGCCCCAUCAGUGGUCACACCGACGCACCCAUCCCAGUCCAGUCCCACGGAGCUAGGUACAUAUUCAUUGUGUUAAAGACAGCCUCUGCAGUGGUGGUGGUGGUGGGCAAAUCAGCACUAAAAAGGAACUGCUCCUCGAAGUUAUUAUCCCAGACGUGUCUGACAUAGACCAUUAGAAUUGCAUGGUUAGCCACAUCUGUGGAUUCAUCAAGCUGCAGUGCGAAAUGUCCAUUUGCACUGAUGUGCUCUGAUGUCUGCCGCGUUAUGACCUCAUAUGUCCUGUAUUCUCCUCCUCAUGGUGUCAUUGGAUAGGGGUAUGGUUUUAAGUUUGUUGGCGGCUCACUCUCCCAAGAUUUCACUGCACAUAUCAAUCGCAGCAAGGAGUAUGAGAUCCUCUGCACUGGUGUGGGCUUUUUUGCACUUGAUUCUGAUUGCAAGACAGGUGAGAGCAGGAUACUCUCCCUCUGCGCUUCACCAGAACUGAGGCAGUGUCAUUUCCGGGAAGCGCAUGUUCAGUCCGGUAUCAAAUGACGGCUCCACCAGCUCCACAGCUCCUCUUCGUUGCUUGGCAACGUGACGCUUCCCAUCUCCACUCGAAAGGGGUCCUUUCCCUGCAGCUUGACAAGAUGCUGUUGGGCCACAAGGUUUGGCAAUGCGCUGGGCCACAAGAUUUGGCUUUUCUUCUACUGUCAAUACGUUCUUCAAUCAAUCUUGUAAGGCGCUGGGCCACAAGGUUUGGCUUUUCUUCUACUGUCAAUACGUUCUUCAAUCAAUCUUGUAAGGCCUCCAGAUAUUUACAUUUUCUUUUUUUUUAAAGUCAGCUGUCUUAUUUUUGUGGCUUGGAUGCUUGGUGUCCAGAUGCCUUUUCAUUUUGGAGGGUUUCAUGCUCUCAUUAGCUAACAGCUCAUUGCAUAGGACGCACUGCGGUCUACACUCAUCCUUCCUGUAUUCUGUAUAUGUAAAACCAUAUUUGAUGAAGUCGGGGUGGUAUUUUCUCUUCUUGACAGGGACCGGGUUGUCUGCCUUGUUGUUGACAUUGGAAGCAGCAGUAGAUUAAAAGGGAGCUGCCCGUUUUAAAAACGUGUCCAUUAGUUUACUCUGACAGCUAGCCUACAUGAGUUAAAUGACAGCUAACUAUCCACAUGUGCAAUGCCUGCAGAACACAUCUGCAUAGUUAGCUGUCAACCAAGCUAGCUGUCAGAAGAUCUGUAUUAUCUGAUUGGAUGUGUCACAUUUAAAACAAAACAAUGUUGCAGAAUGACAUUUUUAUUGGAUCAGUGUGUGUGUGUGUGUGUGUCGAGAAUGUCAUUUUCAUUGGAUCAGAGAACGUUAUUGUAUUGGUCAGUGAGUGUGUGUGCAGCGCGAAAACCCUCCGAGACCGAACGUAGCUAGCCAUUUCACCAUUGCGGACGCGAUGCACGUGUAAAGUCAGCAACAAUAAGCGGUGCAUCCUGUGUGUAGCGGUAACGUUGUGUAAAGUCAUCAACAAUAAGCAGUGCGGCAGUAUCCUUUCAAAAUAAAGGUUUUGGUGCGAAGGUUACUUUUCAAAAUAAUGUUGUUUAAAUAAAAAAUAAUGUAUUCUUGCACAAGUUCCUCAACCCUUUAAAAUCCUCCCGUGACCCCCAGGUCUAGGGUUUCUGGGAUAAUGGUGUUGAUGUGAGCUAUGACCAGCCUUUCAAAGCUCUUCAUUGCUACCGACGUGAGUGCUACAGGGCGGUAGUCAUUUAUGAGGGUUACCUUCGCCUUCUUGGGCACAGGGACUAUGGUGGUCUGCUUGAAACAUGUAGGUAUUACAGACUCGGUCAGGGAGAGGUUGAAAAUGUCAGUGAAGACACUUGCCAGUUGGUUAGCGCAUGCUCUGAGUACACGUCCUGGUAAUCCGUCUGGAUUACGUGAUCACACAGAUCACACAGUCAUCCGGAACAGCUGGUGCUCUCAUGCAUGCUUGAGUGUUGCUUGCCUCGAAGCGAGCAUAAAAGGCAUUUAGUCCAUCUGGUAGGUGUAGUUUCGAUGCGCAGGCUGACUGGCAUCGUUUGCUUCCCCUCGCUCAUCAACUCAGAGUCAAGGAUAUGUUUUGCAUUAUUCUAAAAGCCUACUGCAACACGUAGCAUGUUUUCGUUUCCGUUACAAUACAUUCAGUAAUAAAGUUAUAGUAAAUAAAACAGUCCUGUAACAGCUUAUUUGUACAAAGUAAAACGUAAAAGAGAAUGAUACAGUGUCUACCCGCAAGCCGUGCGGUCAAAUUAUUUGCUAAAAACAUGAGCGCCAAUGCUGAUAAAUAGGCAUAACACAAACUCGUCAUUACACUUUUGUUGUUAUAAAUUAAAUCAACCUCCUUAUCAUUCAGUUAAGCCUAAUUUAAAUUCAGUUGUGAAGUGACGUGCACAAUUAUCGCCCAUUCAUUAUUUUAAUAUAUAUAGAACCUUAUUUUACCAGGUAAGUUGACUGAGAACACAUUCUCAUUCACAGCAACAACCUGGGGAAUAGUUAAAGGGGAGAGGAGGGGGGAUGAAUGAGCCAAUUGGAAGCUGGGGAUGAUUAGGUGGCCAUGAUGGCCAAUUUAGCCAGGACACCGGGGUUAACACCCCUACUCGUACCAUAAGUGCCAUGGGAUCUUUAGUGACCACAGAGAGUCAGGACACCCGUUUAACGUCCCAUCUGAAAGACAGCAUCCUACACACGGUAAUGUCCCCAAUCACUGCACUGUGGCAUUGGGCUAAUAUUUUUUUAGACCAGAGGAGAGUGCUUCCUACUGGCCCUCCAACACCACUUCCAGCAGCAUCUAGUCUCCCAUCCAGGGACCGACCAGGACCAACCCUGCUUAGCUUCAGAGGCAAGCCAGCAGUGGGAUGCAGUGUGGUAUGCUUCAGUGAGGAGGGAGACACAUUAGCGCCUGGCUGGGUACCAACAUCCUACAGCGCAUUGUCUUGCGGGUUAAGUUGUGAAUAGGUAUGGGGGGAAUCGACUCCUAAGAUUCAGUAUUUUUGGAAUGGAUGAGACUGAUUAGUUGCCGUACUUCCGAGAACACAAACACUUUCAUAGCGAGCUAGCAAGGGACGGAGAGAGAGAGAGGAUGGGCAUGCUGGAAUGCUGUAUUUCGCAAUUUCUUGUCUCGCAACUUCAGUAAAGCAGGGACUAUCAUCAAUGAAUAGGCUAGGAUAUUCUACACGCAACAGACUGAAGACACACUCGCAUCAUUAGCGAAGAGAAAGAGCAGGCGAGCCAGCUGCACUGUGAUUUUAGUUUUGUGAAGGGGGUUAAACAUUGUUUUUCCGUUAGGAAUCCCAAUUUCGUUUAAACGUUCACACCCCUAGGUUCGACCCUCCAAAUUAUGUUGGGAUUUGCAUUUUGACCACUUUGGGCAUCUCUGUACUCACUGUUGUGGAUCAGAAUCUUAGAAGGAAUGACUCAAUGAUAUAUUUUACCAGACAAUUAUCACAGUUGAUUAUGACAAAGUAUGCCAUUACAGUUUGAGAAAAUUGUGUUUAUUAUUGAAUUGAAUUUAUUUUGGGUAACAGACAUAUACAACAAAAUGUACAAUGUGGACCCAGAGGAUAUCACUUAAAAGUAUUAAUUAAAAUGCUUGUUUCCAAAGUGGUCCUCGAUGGUAAAAACAAUAACACAUAUAAUGAUUAAAAGGCAAGACAAAAUUACAAAUAACCAUAAAAAUGUAUAUUGACAUCCUAAAAAGUGGCACUAUUCACUGCACUUUUCCCUAACCUUAAAAAUCUACCAAAUUCAUUGCACAUCAUACCUAUCAUUCAAAUCAAUACACCUGACCAGCAGUAGGGGGCACAAGGGGCAGUGGAGUGGUUUGUUUUCUUAGACAACCUUGUCCAAAUGAAAACCUUUGCCUACUUUUUAAAGCUAUUUCUACUUUUUCUUUGCUUGAUCUCCAAUGGGAGGCUAUUCCAUAGACAAAUGCCUGUAUAGAAAAACGUGCUUCUCGCAGUACUGUUUACUCUAGGGAUUUUACAAGAAGUAACACUAGCUCUGGGAUUGUAACUGUGCUGGUUAUAGACCAUAUCAAUGUGGUUUUUCAUAUAACCUGGGACACAGUCAUUUAAGAUGUCAAACAUAUGAUUAAGUUUAAGUUGGUCCAUUCUGGACUCCAAAGGCAACAAGCCCACCUCCCAGAACUCCUGUACCCCUAUAUGGGUCCUAGGGGGACAUUAAGCAUAUACCUGAUAACAUUAUUUAGCAUGACCUGCAUUCUCUUUUUCAGCUUUUUUGAUAGCCCACUAUACCAAGCAGAGCAUGCAUAAUCAAAAUGACACUGAAUCAAGGUUGAGACCAGCAGUUUCUUAACUUUGAUGUUAAAAUAUCUAGUGUUUCGAUAUACAAAAAAUCAAUUUGUUCGCCAUUUUAGAAAGAAUUUUAGCAGCAAUCAGGUCUCCAGAAAGGGAUUGAUCUAGGGACACACCAAGAUAAGUUACACUUGUUUUAGAUUCAAUCUCCUUGCCUGCACAGUUGACCUUUAUCUUAUCAGCCCUAAGCAAUCUACGUUUUGUUCCAAACGAAACCGAUUCAGUUUUUCCCAAAUGUAGCGACAAUUUGUUGUCAGUCAACCAAUCUCUAACAAAAUGCAAUUCCUUACUCAGGGUCUCCUCUAUGUAAACUGUAUCCUUCCCUGAUACCAGUAUGGCUGAGUCAUCAGCAUGAAGCAGGAGUUUGCACUUUACUGGAUCUGGCAUAUCAAAAACGUAUAUAAGAAAUAAGAGAGGCCCUAAAAUGGAUCCCUGCGGUACUCCACAGGAUAUUUAUUUGGUCUCUGACAGAACAUCACCAACAUUACAUACUUGUGUUCUGCUGGUCAGAUAAGACCUAAACCAAUUCACUGCUACAUCAUUUAGACCCAUGCAUUUCAGUUUCAUCAGGAGAAUAUCAUGGUCCACAGUGUCAAGUGUAUAGUAGUAGAAAGUGUACAGUGACCAUACCUGUAUAGUUCCCCUUCUCACUUCCCUGCUUGAGGUGGUCAAAAAGGUGGAUAAGGCAAGUAUCAGUGGAAUGAGCUGUUCUAAAGCCAGAUUGGGAGUUCAUAAAGAAGUUUGUGCUCGAGAAGGUAUCCCUCAAGUUGAUUCAAAACGAAUAUCUCAACAACUUUGGAUAAGGUGCUGAGGAUCGACACAGGCCUGUAGUUUCCUACAUUUGUUUUACUGCUCUUCUUGUGGAACGGAACCACCCUGGCUGUUUUGAGAUCAUUGGGAAAUGUACCACUACUAAUAGAAAGGUUUACAAUAUGCGUUAUCAUUUUAGCAGUGACACAAGCACUAUCCUUUAUGAAUCUUGCAGGAAGGUUAUCCAGCCCAGUUGCAUGGUUUGUGCUCAUUAAGCACAGUAGAUUGGAAACUUUGUCCUCUGUUACCAUGCACAGCUCAAACAAAUCAUUUGUGAUAUCUUUGCUAUGGUAAAAGUUGUUAAUGAAAGACUGGCCGUAGUGUCCAGAGCAGGUCGGUAACUUCUUUACCAGAGAUGAGGCUAUAGUGGUAAAAAAAUGUGUUAAAAUAAUUUGCAGCCUUUGCUUGGUCAUAACAUAAAACAUCAUCAAUAUUCAGGCCAAUACUACAGGAUUUUACCUUAUGGGAAGUUUUUUGAGCCAAUGUCCUUUUAACAUUUUCCACAGUUUACGAGGCUGAUAUAAGUUGACAUUAACAUCGUCUAUGUAAUGUUGGGAUUUGGCCUUAUCCAUUUUGUAUCUUGCCUGGUUUCUCCAGUUAAUAUAACCAUCAUGAUCUUGUUGUAGAUUUGUCCUUUGAAUUUGGCCAGGUAGCGAUCCCUUUUCCUUAUGAGGUCUAAGAUCUCGGAAGUGAUCCAUUUCCCUGACCGCUGUUUGAUUUGAAUUUGUUUCAUCGGAGCCAGAGUCGAGUGCAGACAAACAUAUCUUUAAAAAGAUACCAAGCUUGAUCAACAUCAUCACAGUUUAGUACAUGAGACCAAUCCAAAUUUCCAAGUACUUCUACAAAACAUUCCUUUGAGUAUUGUUUCAUAAACUGUACCUUCAUGUAGUUAUUACCUGGCUCAAGUAGCAUUUUGGAUUUCUUACGGGUACAGUAGGUUCCCAUAUGAUUACUAAAACCAAUAUUUAAGACUCCUGACUGACAGACGUUCUCUUGGUCUGAUACAAUAAUCAAAUCCAAAGUUGAUUUACUGUCAAUACACACCCGGGUUGGCUCAACAAUCAGUUGUUUCAGUCCAAAUAAACUGAUUAAAGUUAUACAGGGCAUUUACUAGUGUACAUUUCUUGGGUGAUAACUGCACAUUUGUAUUAAAAUUGCCAAGCAGAAUACAUUCCCUAUCAGCAAAUACAUUGUGAUCACAGCAAUUCGAUUCAAGUAAAUCAUAGAAAUUAUUCUGCUUAGGAGGCCGAUAGCACACACCAACAAGUAUAGGACGACAUUUAGGAAGAAGUAUAUCUACCCACGCAACCUCAAGUCCAUCCAUUUUCAGAUCUGAACGAGGGUUAAAAUGCACAUAAUUCCUAGUAAAAACACACACCCCGCCACCGUUUCAGUUUUGGUCAAUUCUAUGAAUGCUAUAACCAGCUAGCUCAACAUCAUUGUCCUCAAUUGACCCAUCGAGCCAUGUCUCAGUCACAGCAACUACUGCAGCCCGGGUGUUAGAAGCGAGGAGUUUUAAUUCCUCUUCUGUCUCAUCUAGAUUGCACUCAUCAUCCCUGCUUGUGUCCAGCAUCCCAAUGUUUGGCACUGCGUUUAAACAGCAUACAUUGCAAACAAGUGAAAUGUUACUUUGAGACUUUACAGCUUAAUCAUAUGGGUUGGAUAUCUCCACACUUUGUGUACUUAGCACUUUAUGCUUAUGUUGCAGAACAAUACAUUGCAUGGGGGCGCAAAGAUGCAGUCCUCCAUAACCACAGGCCAGGCAUUCAGGCUGUAAUCAAUACUUGAACGGAUAAAUAACUACUGGUGACAACCCAAAACUAGCAGUCACAGUCAACAGCCCUUAAGAACUGGUGUUUUGCCACAUUCUUACAAUAUAUUUAGUUAUUGAUGUUGUGGCUGGGGAAUACCAUCAUGAAAAUUGCACACACAAAAAGAAGAAAGAAAAACAACUCAAUAUCGUCAUGAAAGAUUGUUAUUUUGUGUAUCAGGUGGUAGUGUUUUCAAAUGUACUUUUUUCCAGGCUUUCUCCGAAUUCUCCUUCUCUUGUCUGUGAUCCAGAUUGCAGACCUGAAGGCAGCGAGGCAGCUGGCCUCAGAGAUCACGUCUAAAGGAGCGUCGCUCUAUGACCUGCUGGGAAAGGAGGUGGACCUGAGGGUGAAGGAAACACACACAGGCUCAGAAACACCACGGCUGGGGAAAGCAAUCAGACGUUUUGACUGUAUCUCUGGGACUGCGGGUGACAGUUUGACAGCCCCCCAAUAUGUGGAGAUGUUACCAAAGACGUCUGUAUCAUUUACAAUAUUUGACACGGCACUUCAUUUGAGAAGACAUUGGAACACUGCAGAUAGGCACACACUGGUUACUUAAACGUUUUAAACCCACAAACUUUGGAGAAGAAUGUCUAUGUAAUUAUUCACCAGAAUAUCUUUGACAGAUUAUAAUGACAUGUUGUCUUUGAGAGUUGAACCUUAUCAUGUUGAUCCUGUCUCUUUUCAUUAUAGGAGAUGAGAACUGCUGCCAUCUCCAGACCCUUGGAGAUCAACGAGACAGAGAAGGCCCUCAGAGCAGCCAUCAAGGAAGUUUUGGUGUGUAUUGUCUUGAGAGACACAUCACACACACACGGCUCAUAUCUGUCUUUUCCACCACCAUUCCCUCUCUAGCUACUCUAGCUAAUGUAUAUGUGUCUUGCUCUGUGGUCCAGGAAAGCGUGGAUAAAACCAAAGACAUGCUGAACAACGUGUCCUCCGAUGAGACCAGCCUGGAGUCCAAAAUGGAGAAGAAGAAACAGGAGCUGGAGAGGAAUCAGAAGAGACUCCAGACUCUACAGAGUGUACGGUGAGUUAAGAGAAACUUCUGUGGGAAUUAAGUUAACUCAACCAUAUUCAGAGCAGAUCGCUUUUUGUUAUCUCAUAGAAUAUUACUCACAUCACAUACACUGAGUGUACCAAACAUUAAGAACACCUUCCUAAUAUUGAUUUGCACCCCCCCUUUUGCCCUCAGAACAGCCUUAAUUCGUUGAAGGGUGGGUCUCCUUGUUUUGUUUAGAGGGUCCGGGGUCCCACCCGGAGAUUUUAGAUGUAGGACUGAGAAGCUCAGUUCUGGUGAAUUUUUAAAAGGACAUUGUACUCCAAAAUGAAUGAAAAUACAAUUAUGCUGACACCAUCUAAGAUUUAAUUUCCACCUCGAGACGUUCAUGGCCCAAUAACAUAUUGGUAAAAUUAUUUGUACAAAUUAUUUUAACAUAUUGGACCAUGAAAUUAAUUUCACAUAUUGGACCAUGCAUGGUCCAUAUUUUCAGGUAUAAUAACAAUAAGCAUUAUCACCUUGCAGCCCAACUGAUGCAGCAUAUUGGCUCUAAAUAAAUAGGCUGAAGCAUGGGGUUGCCUAUCUACAUUUACUAGGGAUGUGCAUCUUUCCCUUUCAAGACGAUUUGAUAGGUAUCUAGAUACAUGGGUUCCGAUACGUUUUAGUUUGAAAUGAUUCGGUAUGAGUCGGUUUGAUUAGAGAACGAAUCAAUGCGAUUCAGUUCGAUGCGAAACGAUUUGAUGCAGUAACAUUUGUUGCAUAAACAUUCCUUUUCCAUUCUAAAUUAAAAUCUGCUGAUGAUGGAGUUCAAGUGUGUCUAUGGUGUAUGUGCUAUGUAGGCACAUGAGCUGAGCCAUAAGGGAGACUAGGCAUCUACCACCCCACUACCACCUUUUUUUGUCCCCUCAUUUGGUUCUGAAAUCCCCAUCACCCACUAAUUACAUUUUACAUUUUAGUCAUUUAACAGACGCUCUUAUCCAGAGCGACUUAGUGAGUGCAUACAUUUUCAUACUGGCCCCCAUGGGAAUCGAACCCACAACCCUGGCGUUGCAAACGCCAUACUCUACCAACUGAGCUACACGGGACUAAUUAACUUGUCAUUUUUGCAGAUUAAGUGUUUGAGCUAGUAAGGUAUUAAUAUUUAUAUAUCAUUUGAAAAUUAGCUAUGACAUAGGCAAUGAAUAUAUAGCACAACUUUGGAUUUCACCCCCAUCUCAAAAUCGAAUGGUUUUGACAGUUUGGACGUUUUUACGGAGUGAUCUUCUUUCUUCGGCCAUGCAUUGCACCACGCAAAAGUGAUCCUCAUUAUGAAAUGAUCAACUUCACCCUGUAUAUCUAAAAAUGACAAUAUACAGUACACUGAUUAUUUAAAGCAAAACUACUGGUGAGGGUGAACCUGAACAGUCAAAAUAGAAUCUAUUGUAAACCCUGAUCAGCAUGUAUAGCCAGAUGUCUCCGGUAGUUUACUUUCGUUCUUGUAAAACACAAAUUUCAACUGCGCAUAGAUAACAAUAACCUAGCAAAUUACACAGGUUGUCACUCAACUAAUAAAGCCUAAUAUCACGCAAGCCAUUUUAGCAUUUGAAUGCUGAAGGUGCCGCCCAGAUGUGCAAGAUCAGGAACAGGCUGCCUACCUCGUGAAGCUGGGCACAGUGUGCCGUUUGACGAGGCUAAGGUUACUGCCUGGGGUGGUUAGGUAUGCAAAAUGACUUGUAGAUCAAUGAAUCAUCACCGUUGUAUGCAGUUCGACACUAAAGGAGAAGGCGCAUCAGUUGUCACUGUAAUGUUUGAAUACAUUUUCUGACCGAUGCAUGCUACAUUUGGAUCAGUUUGGGUCCGCGGACUGAUACACUUGUAUCUUAAACAUUUGAAUCAGGGACCGAUGGGUAUCGGUGAAUCGUUACAUCCAUAGCAUUUACCCUAUUGGGCUAACCAUUAGCUAGAUCCCAAAUAUGAUCUUUUAACUAGUUAGUAUUUAUUUGAUUAAUUUUAAUGUCCCCAAAAAUGUAAUCCAUUAGCCUCACUCUUCCCAAUGCACUCACAAAGAAUUGCAGCUAAGGCAAUAAGCUUAACCAUGCUGCUGCUAAAAACUCUGUGUUUAAAAUGGUGCAGUUUGCGCAUAUUUAGGAGUUGGGAUCCCCCCGUUUUUAACAAAGGCUAUUAAAACUGCUGUUUUCACGAUUGCAAGAAUUGUGCAUUGACUGCUUAUCAGAAUGCAUGUUUCCCUCCCUAUGGCACUCGUAACUUGAAUGCGCAUCGAGAGGAAUAUUUAUCUCGCAUAGAACACACAACAACAAGUCGAAGAGGUAAAUAGAUAAACUAUUCUACAAUGGUGUUGUCAGAUUUUCUAUUCAUUACUUGUUUUGUUUGCAGAGGGAAAGUAAAUGUGGACUGUUGUAGCAUCUUCAAAGUGAAUUUUUGAGCCACAGAUAAAUGACUGCAGCGGAAACACUGCUCAUAUAGCAUAAGCCAUGGCAAAUGUGUAGAAUUGCAGCAACAUUUUGUCACUGCGGACAACAGGAAGGCCUCUAAAAUUUCAGUCUGCGACCACACCAUUCAUUUGCCACGACCACCACCUACGGCCCAUUAGAAAGAAUAAGAUGAAGCUCCGGUAAUAUGGAGAACUAUUGAAAGAUAGCUAAUAUGCGUUUUUCUACAUUAUAAUGGACACGAUGCAACCUUUGGUAGGUAGGCAGCUGGCAGGCUAUGGUACAGCAAAGCCAAGUCAGCCCGUGCUCAUGGUUCUCACAGGGGAAGUGAAAUGAUAGGCUACAAUGACUUUGCUCAUGAUCAUGCACACCGCAAAUGACAUGUAACUAUAAGUUCCUUACAUUUUAUUUCACGGGUGCCUUUUCAUUAUCUUGAUAGACACUUGUGGAGGUGCAAAACAAUAUUAUUUAAAUUUUCUCAGGCGGCCAAGUGUACACAAGGGUAUUUGUCUCAUCUCAGUCGCGAAUAGGACUCGUUUUGCAGCAGUUUCUGAUUAAUAAACAAUUCCAUGCUGGUAGGUGGUAAUGUUCAAAUAAAACCCAGCCCUUAAACAACACAUAGGCUGAAAAUUAUGUGUAUGUCAUAUCAUAGGAAAAGACACCACAUUCACACGGAUUUGCAUGAAGUGGGCAGUUCAGAUUUGUCACUUCAAGGCCAAAUAUAUCAUACUUGGGCUAAAACGAUUACUUUAUUGACUUAAAUCAUUGGGUAAGCUCUGCCCAUCAUAUUUCAGCUCAAUAAAUGUGAUUUCUACUGGUGUGGGUGUUUUAAAGACAUUGUAGGUGGCAAAUCCAGACAGAAAGGUGUACGGUAGCACAUUGAUUAAGGUGGAUUUACAUUUACAUUUUAGUCAUUUAGCAGACGCUCUUAUCCAGAGCGACUUACAUGAGCAAUUAGGGUUAAGUGCCUUGCUCAAGGGCACAUCGACAGAUUUUUCACCUAGUCGGCUCGGGGAUUAGAACCAGCGACCUUUCGGUUACUGGCACAACGCUCUUAACCACUAAGCUACCUGCCGCCGAUUUGUGACCCAACUCUAUACAUCUUUGUUUUUCUAUGCUCUGAUUGACAUUUGAUGUGACCAAAACAUCAUAGAUAUAGAUGGAAUGUGCUCAACUCUGUUCUCACAAGCAAAAACAAAACAAUUAUAGCAGGGUUGUAAAACCCAAGAAACAAUCCCAAUAACUGAGUAAAAAAGGACAGCACACACUUGGUAAAGUUGCAACAAAUUAAUUUAAUUUGAUUAUGUAAGGUAAUAUACAUGAGCGGAGUGGUUUAGAGAAUCCUUGGAUGCUGUUGUAGUGCAUCUUAAAGACAUGCUCCGGUACUUUGGCGACUAGUAAGUCUUUUUUAAACCUCCCCGUUUGGUUUGGAUGUGCCAAUGUGUAGUUCAUGCAUGCAUAAUCUAUGAGCAGAAUUACUGUCUUAACUCAGUUAGCCACGAAAUCCCUAGUUUGAAAGUAACUGUUUUCUGGAAGCUGUGCGGCGCCAUUUUCCCUACAUUUACCCCCAUGUGGGCCAGCCACCUAGCAAUUUAAAUUUCAGCCAAUGAGCUUCAGCCCCUCACCAUUUGAGUGACAGCUAGCAAGACACACACAGUAGAGCCCGAGCAAUGACGUGGUGCACAUAUCUGCACAUUUGUGAUGUACUUUUUGGGGACCACUUUUGGCUCGUGGAUGCUAAUUUCAGAACUACUGGCUAAAAAGUAUACAAAAGUACCGGAGAAUAUAUUUAAACAGGUAGGCCAAGCGCUUGCUUGCCCACCUGAACACACCCACUUUGCACUUUACAACUGCGUUGGGUGCUUCCUGGAGGGGCGGAGUCCUCAGAGCUGCCCUUGGAAGUUUCUACCUUCCUCUUCCUCUGCUGGGGCCUCUCUGCCCCCUCCUUGUCCUCCCUGCUAUCCGGAGCCUUUUUCUAGACUUGGACUGUGCACAGGACCAACAGCCAGAGGUCGUCUUCGUAGUCAUAGUCCGAGAUCCUCCAUUGGCCUUUCACCCUCUCCCCUUCUUGGUUGAAAACCUGAGAAGCAACCCGCCGGCCUCCACACCGGCCCUCCACACCGGCCCUCCACACCGGCCCUCCACACCGGCCCUCCACACCGGCCCUCCACACCGGCCCUCCACAGCAAUCCAGUUCCACUCAGACCCAGCUUUGUUUCGAGACUACCCAGGAUUUGAAUGUCUCAGGGUAGUGGGGAAGUGCCAUCGAGAUGCCUCGGGUACUAGUAUCCCUCCUUGCCUCUAUUGUAGUGUUGUUUCUCAGAAGCCCUGUUAGUGAGGCACCUGGAACAGUGGUGCGCUGGGUGUUCGGGUUGGCCACCUGCAUGUCCAGGAUAACGAACUUUCCAUCCAUAUCCAUACCACCUGGAAAGAGAUGUCAGACAAAAUGGUCAGACCUGACCACAAAUUGAAGACUCAUGAUUUCCCAUAGAGUUCAGGGCUAAAAUUAUAAUAUAAUCUAUAGGCUAACUUUUGUCCCGAAGACUGUCCUGACUGCACCUAUAAAAUAGCUAAUUUGCAGUGCACUAUGCUAUAUCUCAAUAUUUGUUCAUAAAUAACUGGGAAGCGUUAGAGAAAAAUAUAUCAUUUCAUUUUUAUUAGAAAUGAAUAUCGUGUACAAUGCUUUCAAAGUUAAUUCCACAACUUUGCCCAUGAGUUACGCAUGACGAUAAAACGUGCUUACUGCUUAACUAUUUUCUCUUGCACAACAAUACAUUUGAGCAGGGUGCUAGUCUAGAAGCCAAGAAACAACAAUCCCAUAAUAUAGAAGUGAAAGAGUCCAACACUCUUGAAAUAGUUGCAGAUAAAAAAAAAAAAUUACAUUAAUUUUUCAAAGUGUCUCAAUAGCGCACAUUCCUCAGUGUGUGUUUGUGCAUACUAGUUCUCUCUCUCUCUCUUUCUCGCUUUCGCUCUCUCUCUCUCUCACACACACUCACACACCUGUUCCUCUCCCAGGCCAGCAUUCAUGGAUGAGUAUGAAAAGAUUGAGGAGGACCUGCAGAAGCAGUACGAGACCUACGUGGAGAAGUUCCGUAACCUGAGCUUCCUGGAGCAGCAGCUGGAGGACUACCAUAGACUGGAGCAGGAGAGGUUUGAGGUGAGCGAGCGUCCUCAUCAGUCAUAGGGUUGUAUUGGGUUGGUACCAUAGACGUCAGGGGCCUGUUCAAGAGGGUGCAAUGUUAUGGAAUGUUCACAAAUAUACCGGUAACUGCCAAAAUAAAGGGAACACCAACAUAAAGUGUCGUAAUAGGGCGUUGGGCCACCACGAGCCAGAACAGCUUCAAUGCACCUUGACAUAGAUUCUACAAGUGUCUGGAACUCUAUUGGAGGGAUGCGACACCAUUCUUCCACAAGAAAUUACAUCAUUUGGUUUUUGUUGAUGGUGGUGGAAAACGCAGUCUCAGGCGCUGCUCCAGAAUCUCCCAAAAGUGUUCAAUUGAGUUGAGAUCUGGUGACUGAGACUGACAUGGCAUAUGGUUUACAUAAUUUUCAUGCUCAUCAAACCAUUGAGUGACCACUCGUGCCCUGUGGAUGGGGCCAUGGUAGCCAAAAUAAUGGCCUACCCAGCAUUUUUAUACAUGACCCUAAGUAUGAUGGGAUGUUAAUUGCUUAAUUAACUCAGGAACCACACGUGUGGAAGCACCUGCUUUUAAUAUACUUUGUAUUUUUCAUUUACCCAAGUGUUUCCAUUAUUUUGGCUGUUAACUGUAUUAUGUAGAACAGAUGUGAAUGUCUGUCAUGCAGAAUAGGGAAUCUCGUCUUUUCUAUAUGCAACAUUGUGAACAUUUCACCUCACUGAAUACACCCCUGGUAUGAAUUCUACUGGCUGUUACCUAGAAACAUGGUCUUAGCUGAUAUAUUGUGAUUGACAGAUGUACCAAAGGCAAUAUCUACUUCUUUAUUUUGCUCUAUCUAUCUCAGGAGACUGAGAACACCCUUAGGAUGAUGCAGCACAAACUGCGGGAGGAGGAGAGGAGGCUGAUGAGGAGUGGAGGUGACACAAACACUCAGUAACAUAUACCUGUCUGACACAAACACUCAGUAACAUAUACCUGUCUGACACACACACUCAGUAACAUAUACCUGUAUGACACACACACAAUAAACCACAAUCAAGAGCACACACUUGAUGAAACACACUCAAAUCGAUGCUCAAACACACUCACACAUAAUUAGAAAAGUAAUAAUUCCUAUUCAGAGGUCAAAUGAAUGAUGCUUGCAAUGCUCAUGUAAUAUUCUUUGAAUGCCAUGCUUUAAUAGAUACAUACUGCCCUUAGCCGCAAUGCUCUAGUUCUAUGCCUCCAUAGCCAAAGACGAGGACUCCGAUAUGGACAUCCCUGAGGACGAGGGUUCAGACAGUGAUAUGGAGGAUCGUAGACCCUCUAAACCCCGUCCCACCAGAAACGCCCCCAUGACAGGUACUAACUCUCUACUCUAACGUUACCCCUUUUCCUAAGGCAGAGGGGCAAAUUCCAGCCAGGCGAUUUCCAGCCCAGCUCCAACACACCUGAUUUAAACUACAGUAAACGGUUGUGUAUUUUAAUCAGGUGUGUUAGACUGCAGAACGGCUGGAGAAAAAAAAAAACUCCAGGUCCAGAGUCGCCCACCCCUGUCCCACGGGGACCCAGCUACCUCAUAUCACACUUGACCCUUAAACCUCUAUCCUAACAGGGAGAGGUGGAGCGCGGCUCGUCGGCAACAUGCAGGGUGGAGACAGCGAGGAGGUCAGUAAAGGGGUAACCAUAACGAUGGCGAGCGCUGAACAUUUCUUAUUCACUCCUUUUUAUAAACUCAACUCAUUCACUCCAUAUUAAGUGAUACCUACCGGUGAGGUAUGAUUACAGUCGAUAGAGGAACAUGUCAGUCUGAGACUGAGGACAAAAGGACAGUACAUCCAAUAGAAAUGAGACUGGGAGGCAAAGGUGCUUGGUAAUCCGUGUAAUUUAUUCCUGAGAGAGUGUGUUGUAAGUGUUGCUAUAGUCUCCAGUGUCUAGAGAUGGAUUUGUCUCCCAUGACUUUGUGUAUGGAGACUUCUCUGGCUAGAUAAACAGAGCCUUCCAGAAUCUUUUAUUUCCCUUCCUCAUUUCUCUCCCAUCUGUUCUUUCUACCUAUCCUGUUCCUCAUCAUCUCAUAUUUCUCAAUGUUAUCCCCUUUUCACUUAAUUUCUCUCCUUUUCUCUCCACCAUUCGUAUUUUAAAAGCUCAAAGCGGUUGCGUCCAACUCACUUCCUCACGCCCCCACACAGAGGAAAGGAAAGGUUGGUGUGGGACCAUGGGAUCUAGUCUGUGGCAUCUAAUUGCCCCUAGCCAUGAUGGAUGUGAACUGAGCAGGUCACAUAAGUGGAUCCGAUUGGCUAGCUCAUUAGAUGGCAACAUAUAAUUGGUAGUAGCUUAGAGUUUGGUUGCACUGCACAGUGAAAUGUUUCCCUAGAUGGUCGAAUUAGCACUAGCUGAGCAUUACUCCACGUACCCUGUAUGUGUGUAGAAUUUCCUGAACCUCCUAGAACCCAUCAGACUUUAGCUUGUGGUUGUGUUAAGGCAUUAUCAUGCUAAGGUACGAACCUUGUUAGCUAACUCUGUCUGCUCUUUCAGACAGAGGACAGUGAGAUAGACGUGGACGAGGAUGAGGAAGGUGAGGAGGAGAACGAGGACCUGGAGGACGACAACGACAGUCUAGAAGUCCCGGCGCCCAAGCCAUCCCGGCCCUCCAGGGGGCCCUUGAGGCCCCAGCUAUUAGAGGAGAGCGAUAACGACUUUUAA